GUUACCCCCUUCCCCUCUCCUUCAACCCCUUUCUCCUCACCUUUUUCUUUCUUCUUUUCCCCUUCACCCAUCCUCCAUUUUCUCAUCCCAAUAGCUAGAUCCUCUUUAUGCAUAUAUAUAAAUAUACAUAUUGCACCAACGAUAUACAAAUUACUUAAGAGUCUAGCUAGAUAAUAUAUGAAACCCCAAAAAACUCCAUAGAAAACAAUUUUUCUACGUUUGAGUAUGACAGAACCCUACUAUAAUUUCUUCACAGGAUGGUUGAACUUCCUUCCUCUCCAUCAACAAUAUAUUUCUUCAUCCAACUUUUGCUACAACAAAGAAAUUGCACCUCCUUCUCCUUCUCCUUCUUCACCACCACUAAGAGAAGCUCUUCCACUUCUCAAUAAUAAUAAGUAUUCUUGUGAGAGUAGUACUACUACUACUUUUUCUCAUGAGGAAAAUACUACUACUAAUAAUAAUGAGAAUGUGAGUGUAUCCCUACAUAUAGGGCUUCCAAGUUCAUGUGAAGGAGUGGUAGAUAGUGGAGGAAAAAAAGAAGAAGAUCAAUUAUUUGAUGUGGUUUCUAAUAAUAAUACAUCAUCAACAAUAAAUAAGGGACAAUAUUGGAUCCCUACACCUUCUCAGAUUCUCAUUGGUCCAACACAAUUCUCUUGUCAUCUUUGCUACAAGACCUUCAACAGAUAUAACAAUCUUCAGAUGCAUAUGUGGGGACAUGGAUCUCAAUACAGAAAAGGUCCAGAAUCCUUAAGAGGUACACAACCAAGUGCAAUGUUAAGGCUUCCAUGUUACUGUUGUGCACCUGGUUGCAAACACAACAUUGAUCAUCCAAGAGCAAGGCCAUUAAAAGACUUUAGAACCCUUCAAACACAUUACAAAAGGAAGCAUGGUGCCAAACCUUUCAUGUGUAGGAAAUGUGGUAAGCCAUUUGCUGUGAAAGGUGAUUGGAGAACUCAUGAGAAAAAUUGUGGAAAGAUUUGGUAUUGUAUUUGUGGAUCUGAUUUUAAGCAUAAGAGGUCUUUAAAAGAUCAUAUUAAGUCAUUUGGACGCGGUCAUGGCGCGGUUGGAGUACCUAAUCUUGAGGAGUUAGAAGAAGAAUCAACGUCUGAGAUUGAACAAGAUUUAAUGUAAAUUAUUGUUUAAAAUUCAGUGUUAAGAACGUUAAAGGUUUCGACUUCAAACGAGCUAUGUGUUGUCUUUGUUUUUGCUAUAAUAUUCAAAUUCACUCUAUUAAGUUUGUUUUAUUUUU